CAUAUAAAAUCAAGCCAUUGGCCUCUCAACAUGACAGUUAUAAGUAAGGUCCCCUCCACUUUCUUCUUCUGCUUCGUACUCACAAGCAAAAUACGCAAAGAAAGAAAAGCAAAAACACUUCCCAUCCAUGGCAGUGAAAGUCUACAUCGUUUAUUAUUCAAUGUAUGGACAUGUUGCAAAGUUAGCAGAAGAGAUAAAGAAAGGAGCUGCAUCUGUGGAAGGGGUAGAAGUAAAACUAUGGCAGGUACCUGAAACACUACCAGAAGAUGUUCUUGCGAAGAUGGGUGCACCACCGAAGAGUGAUGUUCCUAUCAUUUCACCUAAUGAUCUCGUCGAGGCUGAUGGGAUGCUUCUGGGUUUCCCCACUAGAUUUGGGAUGAUGGCUUCACAAUUCAAGGCAUUUAUGGAUGCAACCGGAGGUCUAUGGAGAACUCAACAGCUUGCUGGCAAACCUGCUGGAAUUUUCUACAGCACUGGAUCACAAGGAGGUGGACAAGAGACUACCCCCUUGACCGCCAUAACUCAGCUUGUUCACCAUGGAAUGCUAUUUGUCCCAAUUGGAUACACAUUUGGAGCUGGAAUGUUUGAGAUGGAGAAAGUAAAGGGUGGCAGCCCCUAUGGGUCUGGAACUUUUGCGGGGGACGGCUCAAGACAGCCUUCUGAGCUUGAACUUGAACAAGCUUUUCAUCAGGGAAAGUAUUUUGCCGGCAUUGCUAAGAAGCUCAAGGCUGCUGCUUAAUUUUCAUUACCUUUCUAUUGCUUGAAAUUCAUUUUUUAUUUUUCUUCUUAUUUUAGAGUUUCCAUUUCGCAUUCUAAAUAAACACUUUGAAUAAUAGUUGUCCCAAACUUUCCAUGUUGUUUAUUUUUCAAGACAAUGGUGCUAAGUACUGUAUGCAAGAUUUUAUGACGUAAUCUAAAAUCUAAAUACAUUUCUACUGAUUAA